UUUUCGAAUCGCUUCAAAAAAUGGCGGACUCCCUUUCUUUCCCCCUCACUUCUACUCUCCCCUCGCUCCUAUACAAACCGCACAUUCCCCCACUCUUUCCCCCAUUCCCUUCUCUCCUCUCCUCGCGCCCUCACCAAAUCCAAGCGCAACUUGGUUAGCGCGAGAGAUCGGAAUCCAUGGCGGACAAGGAGAACGGCGCCCCACGCCUCACCCGUGCUGCCGCCAAGAGGGUCGCCUCCGCCCAGGCCGCGGACCCAGUCGCCCCGCCGCCGGCGAAGAAAAAGCGCGUGGCUCUGAGCGAGCUCCCCACCCUCUCCAACGCCGUCCCUCGGGCGGCGGUAGAUCCCACCACCCCUCCUCCUUCUAAGCCCAAGUCGAAGCCCAAGAAGAAGGUGGAAGAGGCGGAUGACGAGAAAGUUGAUCUCGUGGAGGUCGCCGCCCCGUCGGAUGAUGAUCCGCAGAUGUGUGCACAUUGCGCGUCUGAUAUCUAUCAAUACCUCAAUUCAAUGGAGGCGGACGCGAAGCGGAGGCCAUCGCCGAACUAUAUGGAGACGGUUCAGAGCGACGUCACGGCCAAUAUGAGGGCGAUUCUGGUGGAUUGGUUAGUUGAGGUGGCGGAGGAAUACAAGCUGGUCUCCGAUACCCUUUUCCUCACUGUCUCCUACAUCGAUCGAUUCCUUUCGUUCAAUGCGAUCAAUAGACACCGGUUGCAGCUCCUUGGGGUUUCUUCCAUGCUCAUUGCUUCCAAAUAUGAAGAGAUUAGCCCCCCUAACGCGGAAGAUUUUUGUUAUAUCACGGAUAAUACCUACACAAAGCAAGAGGUGGUGAAAAUGGAGAGUGACAUCCUAAAGUUUCUAAAGUUCGAGAUGGGCAAUCCAACCAUCAAAACUUUCGUAAGGCGAUUCACACAGGUUGGUCAAGAAGAUGGCAAAUACCCAAAUCUGCAAUUAGAAUACCUCGGAAGCUAUCUUGCUGAGUUAAGUUUACUGGACUAUGGUUGCGUUAAAUUCUUGCCGUCGGUAGUUGCUGCUGCUGCUGUUUUUGUUGCAAGAUUCACAAUUGAUCCAAAAAGUCAUCCUUGGAACAAAAAAUUGGAAGAGUGUACUGGCUAUAAGGUGUCUGAUCUAAAAUACUGCAUCUGUGCCAUACUUGAUUUGCAGUUGAGUAAGAAAGCAGCGUCGCUGGUGGCUAUCAGAGAUAAAUACAAGCAGCACAGGUUCGAGUGUGUAUCUUCACUGGUUCCUCCCUCUGAGAUUCCUGCAACCUACUUCGAUGAACCCAAGGAAUACCUACCAUGAAGUGCACCGUGGCUAACUAUCACGACUAUCGGUAAACGAGAUCCCAAGCCGGAAUGUGGAGCUAAAUGAAGUGUGAUCUAGUCUUUGAAAUGAGAACGCUGAAGCUCUUUGGAUGUUUCUUAAGUCUCUAUCUAAUCUUUGUGCAUGACUGAUAACUUCGAUGUUAAAGAAUGCAUCAAAAAUUGCUGAUUGCAGUUCUGUUCCUACUAAAAAAGUAUCAUUUGAUGAGGGAAGCUGGAAGAGAUAAUUGCCCCUCGAGAUUUACCAUGUGCAAGUCUAGGAAAUGAUGUGUAUUAUAAAUCUCAUAUGACUAGAACUUUGUGGAUCAGAUUUUUUUUCAUGGCACGUAUAGGCUGCUUUUCUGUAGAAGCUUGACAUGAAUUGUGGGAGUGCCAAUUAAUCUCAUAUUCUUUGGAA